AACGCAAAUUUUAGUUUCAAAUAUUUCGAAGACACAAGAAAAAUGCAAUUUUCACAAUAUAUACACCUUUUGCGAGGGAAAAAUACUUUUUACAAUCCUAAAGUUGGCGUGAACCAGAACACUUUCUCCGCCCCUUCCAUUCGAAUCGAACUCAUUGGAAAAGCAGCAGAGAGCGCGAAAACAGAGAGAAAAAUGGAGGAAAUCACAAGUGCAAGAAAAACAGCUGAGGUUCUCAAGCCAAAAGUCGCAAUUCAAUGUGCUAAAUCUGCAAUUCUCAUCUCAUCCCUGAAAAAUACUACUCUCAAUUAUGCGAAUCUUAACCAAAACAAGAAUGAAGAGAAUUUGAAAGAGGUGGUGGAAUUGAAGAUGGAGAUAGUGAAGGAGAAAUUGAAGAAUAAGAGGCUCAAACUCUGCAGUGUUACGGAGCUAUUGAUUCAAGUUAUCGUUUUACUCUCUGUUUGGACCAUGCUGCUGUUGCUGGCCUUGAAUUGAUCCCAGUACUGUUAUGCGAUUCAUUUUGUUGCUAUAUUCAAAUAGUUCUGUGUUUAUUAUUCAUACGCAUAUUGUUCUUCAUUGAAGUGUCUUUUUUUCUAGUGUUGAAUUCUAGAAGUAUCUGUUAUCAGCCUAUAGAUGCAGGACUACUUGAGAACUGAGAUUCAAUCGACUUCGAUUAUCCAUCAGAUCAUGGCUUCAUUGUACCAAAUAUUUCAAUAUGGUUGCAUCUAGUAUUUUUGUUUUGUUCUAACAGUAAGAUGAAGAUGUACUGCAGAUUUUUGAAAGUAAUGCAUGAUUUUCUGGUUAA